UGUAUCAAGCUCGUCUGUCUUAUUGACUUAUUAAUAGUACAGUGGCAUUCGCACGACACUGACGUUUAGUGCUUAGGAUAAAAAGAUUUUACCAAUUGCAAUUAUCCAAUCUGUGAUAUCACGUGAAUUGAGUCAUAUAUAUAAUUUAAAAUGCCUUUUAAAAGAAUUUGGGACGAAUCCUGUCCUCGAAUUUGGAAUAAGUGGGAGGCUAACGGACAGGAGUGGGUUGUCCAGGAUUUGGACCCGAAAGACGAUGAAGAGGCUCUUGACAUUUUAGUGGCACAUCUUUGUACUGAUGAAAUUCUUUGCUCCUUAAGCAAGAUUACGGAAGAUGCAGAAAGUGUCGAGGGUAUAAGGAAGUUCUGGGCGCUCUGUAUAGCGCAGAGGAUGUGUCCUGCGCUCUACACCUGGGUAGACGGUAAGAAGACCCUGGUAGCUUUAAACGUGUGCGCCGUCAUAUCUGCUGGUGAUACUUUUCCAGAUGUUGAGAUCAAAGGUAAGAAAUGGAAGAACGUGUAUGAUGGGCUAGUGUUCUUGGAAAACAAGCGAGAUCCGCACAAAUACUUGGGACUGGAUUUACUGUUACAUGCGUUUGGGCUUGUUGUAAAGAGAGAGUACAGAGGACAUAGACUUGGUGCCAAAUUGUUGGCUGCUAGAGAGCCACUAUCAAAAGCACAUGGGAUCAAAGGUACUACGACGGUAUUUACGGUUCAAGCAUCACAAAAAUUGGCGGCUAGCUGUGGCUUCGAAACUAUUUGCGAAGUAUCCUGGAAGGAACUGGCUGAUUCAGGAUUAGACUAUCCUCCUGAACCGAAUAAAUACAUUAAACUUAUGGUUAAGCGAUAUGACUAAGCAAUAGAAUUUUGGAUGGCGGAAUAUGAAUCAUAGAUAUCACCAAUGAGACGUUAAAUAUUUUCAAUUUUGUGAUAUAGAACCGGAUGAGCUAUGUAUUAACGCUAGUUCUCAUUUGUUCAAAACGAAAUGUCCAAGUUGUAAAUCAUCAACAAAUAAAAUUUUAUUACCCAAAACAAAACAUUAUCUAUUAUUUAAUUAGUUUUAGCUAAAUAUUUAAUGACAAUACGAACUCAAUACAUAUUUCCUAUUGUCUCUUCAAAGAGAUUCAGAUGGUUGAUAUAUUUAUUUUUAAACAUUCUACGAUAAGAAGUAUUGUAUCUUAUACACAAUGAUAGAUAAUAAAUUUUAUCGUCAUUA